GGUGUUAUAAACGUCGAAAAAUUCCAAAUGUACAAUGAAAAAACAGCUUUUAAUCGGUUUGAGCAGUGAAAGUUACUUUGUUGUUCUGGCGGAAGGAUCCAGAUUCCAGGUCGAGGUUGGCCGCAAGUAGUGCCCGGGUCAGAGAAGUCUCAAGAGAUUGCAGUGAGAAAGUUGUAGAAACUUUGUGUUGAUUUUCGUCUGUUUCCAAACGAAUUGAUGACUCCAGAGGAGCAAAAAGAGGGAUUUCACCAUCCCGUGAUUACUUAGGAUGAGGUGGAUUGGUUUAAUCUCCAUCUUGUCCAGUGUUUUCAACAUAAUCCAUGGUGAACCAAGGUUGAUAUUUGCAAAUCGUAAGGAUGUACGAAUGGUGGAUGCAGAGAAUCCACAUGCCAAUGCCACCAUCAUCGUCAGCGGCCUGGAGGAUGCCGCCGCCUUGGAUUUUUACUAUGACGCAACAACGCCAAUAAUCUUCUGGACAGAUGUGAGCCUGGAGGUGAUCAUGAAAACGUACCUUUUUCCUAACGGAACCAAAAAUGCAAUCAAAGUCGUCAGUACAGGAUUAAUAGCACCGGACGGCCUAGCAUGUGACUGGCUAGGGAAAAAAUUAUACUGGACGGACUCCGAAACCAACAGGAUAGAAGUCAGUGAUUUCAAUGGAAAUUUUCGAAAAGUAUUAUUCUGGCAAAAUCUUGAUCAACCGAGGGCAAUAGCGCUUGAUCCACUCAAUGGGAACAUGUUCUGGACAGAUUGGGGAGAAACACCAAAAAUUGAGAAAGCUGGUAUGGAUGGAAAACCAGAGACCAGGUCCACCAUUAUCAAAGACAACAUAUUCUGGCCAAAUGGCCUGACGAUAGACUACGAUGAACAAAAAAUCUACUGGGCAGAUGCAAAACUUAGUUUUAUACAUAGUUGUAACUAUGACGGUAGUGACAGACAGCAGAUUGUGCACGGGGACCUACCUCACCCCUUUGCUCUCACCGUCACGGACCAGAUGUUAUUCUGGACGGAUUGGAAAUCGCGUGCAAUACAUUACAGUAACAAAAUCACCGGCAGUCAGAGAAUGACAGUUCAUGAGGGGAUUUACUCACCAAUGGAUAUUCAUGCUUUUUCACAGAGCAGGCAGAAACCAGGUAUCAGUCCAUGUGGUACCAGGAAUGGUGGCUGUUCACACCUGUGUCUAAUCUCUCCCCUGUACCCCUUCUACAGCUGUGCCUGCCCCACGGGAGUACGCCUGCUACCUGACGGCCACAACUGUUCUGAUGGUGCUCAGCAAAUCUUACUCCUUGCCAGACGUGCAGAUCUCCGCAGGAUCUCCCUAGACACCCCUGAUUACACGGACGUAGUCUUACAGUUUGAUAACAUUAUCCAUGCAAUAGCCGUAGACUUUGAUCCUGUGGGAGAGUACGUCUACUGGACAGAUGAUGAGGUGAAGGCAAUCAGGAGAGCCUACCUUAAUGGCACAGAACAAGAAGAUGUGAUCAACCAGGAGAUAGAUAAUCCUGAUGGAGUGGCUGUGGACUGGAUAGCAGGUAAUCUCUACUGGACAGACACGGGGACGGACCGUAUUGAAGUGGCUCGGUUAAAUGGGACGUCCAGGAAAGUACUGAUCACAGAGAACUUACAAGAACCUCGAGCCAUUGCAUUGGACCCGCAGGCUGGGUACAUGUAUUGGACUGAUUGGGGGACGUUUCCCAAAAUAGAACGUGCCAAUUUGGAUGGCUCAGAUCGCGUUAUCAUGUUUAAUACCUCACUGGGGUGGCCUAAUGGCCUGGCCCUCAGUGCGAAAGAGAAGAAGAUCUACUGGUGUGAUGCCAAAACUGACAAAAUUGAAGUUGCCAACAUGGAUGGAACAGGGAGGCGGGUUUUAGUGUCUGAAAGACUGCCUCAUAUCUUUGGGUUUAGUUUAUUAGAUGACCACAUCUACUGGACAGACUGGCAGAGGAGGUCAAUAGAGAGAAUUAACAGGCACACAGGGGGGAACAGGACCACUAUAGUGGAUAUGCUGCCUGACUUGAUGGGGCUUAAGGCUGUGGACGUGAAACGGAUUGAAGGUACUAACCCAUGUGCUGAUAGCAAUGAUGGAUGCAGUCACCUGUGUCUGUUCAGGCCGCCUCCUAAGGGCCCCAUCUGUGCCUGUCCCAUGGGACUGGAGCUCAUGGCCGACAAGAAGACCUGUAUUGUUCCCGAGGCCUUUCUUCUCUUCACGCGGCGCGCUGAUAUCAGGAGGAUCUCCUUGGAGACCAAUCAUAACGAAGUGGUGGUGAUACCAAUUAAUGGCGUCAAGGAGGCCAGUGCCUUGGAUUUUGACAUCAAUGAUAAUAGGAUCUAUUGGACUGACAUUGGGCUGAGGAAACUUUCCCGUGCCUUCAUGAACGGCAGUGCUCUGGAGCACAUAGUGGAGUUUGGCCUAAUGUUUCCUGAGGGGAUGUCCGUGGACUGGGUUGCCAAGAACGUUUACUGGGCUGACACUGGCACCAACAGGAUAGAGGUGGCCAGGUUAGACGGGACGUCCAGAAAGGUGCUGGUCUGGAAUAACUUAGACAGUCCUAGAGCACUGGCUCUGGACCCAGCUAAUAGUCACAUGUACUGGACCGAGUGGAGCAGUGAACCAAAGAUAGAAUGUGCUGCGAUGGAUGGCACUUAUAGACGAACUCUUAUCAAAACAGACGGCCGAGUGAACAGUUUAACCAUUGACUACGCCCAGAACAGGCUUUACUGGGUAGAUGUGGACUCCUUUAUCAUUGAGUCCUCGGACCUGGAAGGUGGUUAUAAAAGACAAAUUAUAACUAACGGUCUCAACCAUCCAAUGGGGUUAACCAUGUACGAUGACUUUCUGUACUGGACGGACUGGAACACUAAGACCAUAGAGAGAGCCAAUAAAACCAAUGGUUUAAACAGGACAGUCAUCAGAGAGAGGAUGGAUUUUAAAAUCAUGGAUAUUCUUGUGUUUCAUGCCUCUAGACAGUCUGGCUGGAACCAGUGCGGAGUAAACAAUGGUGGCUGUGAUCAACUGUGCCUGGCUCACCCCAAAGAAGACAACUCCCCCUACACCCACCAUUGUGCCUGUCCCACCCACUACAGACUGAACUCUGACAACAAGACCUGCAGUCCCCCAGAAUCCUUCCUGCUGUUCAGCACCAGGAACUCCAUCAGCCGUAUGGUGACUGACUCCAGCGAGGACUCACCUGACAUCGUGCUGCCUCUUCAUGGACUGAGGAAUGUGAAAGCCGUCAGCUUCGAUCCCGUGGAGCGCGUAAUCUACUGGAUAGAUGGCAGGUCGAAGGCAAUAAGAAGAGCGUACGAGAACGGGAGUAAUGUGGAGACUGUCAGUAAUCAAGAGGAGACCAGCUCCCCUUUUGACCUAGCCAUUGACCCGUAUACCCACCACAUCUACUGGACGUGCAGCCAGAACAACGUGAUCCGAGUUACAAGGGUGGACAGGUCAGACGUUGGAGUCAUCAUACAGGGCAAUAACGAUAAACCCAGAACUAUUGUUCUGAAUCCAGAGAGAGGUUGGCUGUUCUGGACAAACAUGGGGAGUUCUCCAAAGAUCGAGCGUGCCAGCAUGGACGGGACAAAGAGGAUGAUAUUAUUCAGUAACAACCUGGGUAAACCAGAGGGUCUGGCCAUAGACAAUAAAGCUGGGCGUUUAUACUGGAGUGACACUAAGCUACAGCGCAUAGAGUGUGCAGAAAUUACUGGACUUCAGCGAAGUCGCCGUGUGUUGGUAGAAACUGGAAUCAAAGACCCCAUCAGUGUGGCGGUGCACGGAAAUUAUCUGUACUGGGUGGAUAAGGGUCUGGAUUUGAUAGAACGAAUCAAUAAAUACUCAGGAGCUGAUAGGAAACGCAUACAGGGUAGGAUUGAAAAUUUGUCUGACUUAAAAUCCGUGGAGAAAAUCACGCCAAAGGAUUUCAACUUAAAUCCGUGUAGUGUAAAUAAUGGGGGAUGCUCCCAUAUUUGUGUUGCUAGAAAAGAUAGCACAUCUGUGUGUAACUGUCCGUUGGGUUUAAUCUUAGAUCCUCAGAAGGAUCAGAUUUGCACCCCGCCCCCAACAUGUGACCCUAAUCAGUUCACGUGUUUGACGGGGAACAUCGACUGCGUGCCAAAACCAUGGCAGUGUGACGGUUAUGUUGAGUGUCAGGAUGGAUCUGACGAGAAAGACUGCAACCCGCCAACUUGUAAGGAUGAUGAAUUUGCGUGCAAGUCUGGUAAUAAACAAUGUAUUCCGCUGGACCAGAAAUGUAACGGGAAAUCCGAUUGUGAUGAUCAUUCUGACGAGAGAGAAACCUGCUGUGUUGUGGACCAGAUUUACUGUGAGAAGGAAAAGAAAUGUAUCCCUUCUUCUUAUAGAUGUGAUGGGAAAAAAGAUUGUAAGGAUGGAAGUGAUGAAAGAAACUGCACCAUUCAGGAGUCCCCCAUCAAACCCAGUACAGCGCAAUACACAGUAGGCAUUGUGGUGGGGUUAAUUGCAGUCAUGCUGGUCCUGGUGAUCAUCGUGAUUGCCUGCAAGAGAAAAUCAAGUCAGACAGUCACUGAAGACACCAGUAGAGACAUCAUUUUUGUUGCAAAAACUCAAACGCCCACAAUUGGGCAGAGCACACCACCAAAUACGUUAAGUUCAAGGGGUAAAUCUGGAACUACCUGUUUAUCAGUGACUACAGACGCCUCCAGAAAUAGUGGGGGCCCUCCCUACGACAGGACACCCUUAACGGGGGCCUCGUCCAGUAGCUCUAGUGUGACACACUACCCAUUAGAGACACUUAAUCCCCCUCCGAGUCCCGUCACAGACAGGUCUGUGUGUGGGGUGGGUGGGUACUCUGUGUGUUCAGGCUCUAACAGUCCCUCCACAGUACGCUCUUAUAGACAAUAUAACAGGUUACGGAAUAUUCCUCCACUGCAUACGACACCGUGCAGUACAGAUGUGUGUGAGGAGAGCGAGCCGUAUCCACCCACAUCUAGAAGAUAUUAUCCUUCUUUGUUAUCUUCUGAACUGAACUAUGACUCUGACCCGUACCCUCCGCCCCCCACACCAAGGAGCCAUUAUUUCUCAGACGCUGAGCCGAGUUAUCCACCAUCACCGUCAACAGAACGAAGCUUUUUUGUCAACCCGUACCCUCCUCCUCCUUCACCUACUGAAGCCACCUCUGACUGCUAACACUGGGAUGAAAGGCUGACAUUUGAUACAUCGGUUUGUUCUAACUGCUGGAUAAACCUUAAAAGGCCAAUCUUCUGAAAAAAUCACUCAUUUUUAAGAUGCAUUUGGUAGACUAUACGGAGAGAGUGAUCAAGAACAAAGUGUUUUCAGUUUAAACCAACAUAUCAUUGUAUUUGUUUUUUUUUUCAAGUCACAAAACCAGGAAAUUUGUUUUGUGUUCGUCUUGGAACAGAAGGUACUGUUUCAAUGACAGAUUUAUAUUUUUAACAAACAUUAAUUUUUUUUGAAAAAGUCUUUGAUAAACGAAGGCAUUCACAGUUGUGAAAUUACAAUGUUGUUCAGUUUUUUGUAAUAUUUUUGGUCACACCACUCGAAAAUCGAGGACAUUUUGUUUUAAAAUGUGAAAAUUGUGCCUUUCAAUACUGCUGACAUUUUAUAUCAGUGUUAAUAAGUUUUCUUAUCAGAAUCUAUUUUAUGGAUCAUGUGAACAAUUCCUGCUGUACUCUUGUGCCUUGCUGCUUGCAGAAUGUCCACCUUUUAUCUAUUUUAGAUAACAACACAAGCUGGGUUGUGUUUUGGAGAGUUUACUGGUCAGUUUCUAUAAUGUUCAACUGUAUUCAUAGUGUAAAUAGUGUGAAAUGUAACAUAUUGAACUUGUACAGGCUAGUUGGGAUUGGUGCACAUAUCAUUACCAUGGCAACACUCCAUGGCAACAGCCCAUGGCAACACUGCAGGAAUGGGCAGUUAAGAGUUGUACCCUGUAGAGAAGAAAUCUAUUUAUAUACUUGUUUAACAGUAUUUAUGAACCUGUACAUUUUUAUAGCAUCAUCUGUAAAUAGAAAUAUCCAUGUUACAUUAUAAGGUCAACAGCAUUGAAAUCUCCUAUAGUUAGUGUAAUAAUUAUAUAAGCAAGCUGAGUAUGUAUAUUUAUAGAAUUUGUGACCGAGGUCUUUGUUUAUUCUGUAUCGUUCCAUUUGAAAUGAGAGCUAUUUGUUCAAGGAUUAUUUCAUUUGGUCGUGUCACAAAUGGGGAUACUUUUGUAUUCCUACGAUGAAAAUCUUCUGUUCAGUCAAAGACUAUGAAAUGACAGGAAAGUGAUUGGAGUUCGUUUAAUUAAAAUUUUAAUUUGUUCAUGUAAUGAUCAUGGCUGGACAGAUUGUGCAGUUGAUAAUUUUAAUUCCUGUUUUUACUGUUAUAGCAGAGGAGGGUAGCUACAUGGCGUUCUACCUUACACUUUCUUUUUAACAUGGCAAAUUCAAGGCUGUUUACCAUUUAACAUUUGCCUAAAAGGUUUGUCAUUUAGUUUCUUAUAAUGACCUUUUGGUUUGGUUGAUAAUGCCGUUGUUGCCACCGAGUCAGUAUUAUAUAAACUGUGCAAAGUAAAUGAGCAGUGACUGCUCUGCCAAGUCUAUUAUUUACCCAUCACGGUGGCCAGGAAUCUUAGUUUAGUUGAGCAAGACGCAAUGUCUGUAGUUGUGAACCAAAGAUACCCAAGUAAGUGUAUACCCAUCGUACUGUUUUCCCUGCCUUGUUAUAGAUCAUUCAACGUUAGAUAUCAGAUAUCCAUAUGUGAUUUUCUAGGUCUCUUUCCUCCACCCCUCUCCGUUCAAAUUUGCAUAACCACUCCCCAUCAAUUGUUUAAUCAAGCCGGUAAACAGUGCAGUUUUAGUUGAUUAAUUUUUAGACUUUUUUUAUCUUUAAUGGAUUGAAGCCAGGAAGCCAGUUUAAGGGCAUCAUUUUAAGUUUUCAAAGUAAAAUGUAUCUUUGGAUUUUAGGAUGAUUUCAGGCAGAAGGCGUCUGCAUAUAGAGUUUUUUUUUAGUUUUAUUGUUCGAGUUUUCAGAAAGAGAUGUUUCUUGGUGUUUUGAAAUACAGGGAAUUUUGUGUUCAUGUUUGUUAUGUAUCGUUUACCUGUGCCAUGUCUACGUGUUCUUGUACAGAGAUCUAAAACUGUAUAAAUAAAUCAUACAAAUUAA